GGCGCACCCCACGCCAGCGCCCAACAGCACUCGCCUGAUUCGUGGGCGAUAGCAUGACGCAUCUUUUGGCUGCAGUCGUUAUGCAGUUGCCGUGCAGUCUGCUUGCAGCGCAAGCAUUGUGUGAUGCGACGAGACUUCGCGAGCCGUAGAUUCAGCAACGGUCGGCCAGUUGCGCCAGGUGCACGUGGGCAACGCCGCAGCCAUGGACGAGAACGAAUGCAGGUGUUUCGUUUCCCGCGCCCGUCGAGGUUUCCUACUUGGCGCUCGGCUCGCUAGUGCCGGCUGGGCAAGCGGAGAGAGAUUGACGAGGCCUCAAGCUUCGCUUUGGAGUGUCUUCUGGGGGGCAAGCUUCGAGUUGUGGGACGCAUGUGUUGCUUGUAGAAUGUUAGUGCCGUGUUCCGGCUGCGCAGUUGCUUGCCUGUCUUGUCUUUCCAUGGCGGAGAAGCAUGUUUCUGCGUGGGGCGCUCGGCGGAUGAGAAGGUGGAGCGGGCAACUAAGCGGAGCGUCAGCCAAGUGCGCGCCCAGAGUGAAGGGAAACGCUAGUAUUAAACCAUGGCCGCCAUCCCGCGCUUUCGUCACCCAUAUCUGCUGCAGAUUCUGCGCUCCGAGCCCUCUCCAGCGCGCCCUCCGACCUCCAAAGAGCCCAGUGUCGCGCAUUGGAGUGCAUUGUCCCCGUUUUGCGUGUGCAGCGCGACGAUUCAAGGUUCCGCAACCGGUAGCGACCCAAGCAGAGGGCAAGAAAGGCACCUCGAGGCUUUUCCGUCCCAAGCUUCCAGCGUGCCACGGCAGUGGAUAGCUCGCCUUAGCUUCCAGCACCGCGGCCCGCGCUUUCCACUCCCACCGCCUCGUCCUACUGGAACAGAAAGAGCCUCCACGGCACUUUGACAGGCGGGCGACUGGGCGAUUACAUACAUGCCUACCGCGAAGGCUUCACCUUCCAACCGCGCGAGCAGCCGAACCUCUGCACCCUCAGAUAUCGGCGCC